AUGGGGCUCUGGAGCAGGAAGAUCACGGUCAGCGACGACACUCUCACUAGUGCAGCUCACUUGACCCUGAGGCAGUCCAUGAUUCCCAACCUGCUGGUUACCGUACUCUUCUUCCUCUGGGGCUUCGCCUACGGCCUGCUAGAUGUGCUCAACUCCCACUUCCAAUCGCAGCUACACAUCUCGGCCUCCAUGGCCGCCGGCCUGUCGUCAGCCUACUUCGGCGCAUACUUCAUCUGCCCGCCGACCAUCUCGGGCUGGAUCUUGCGCCGCUCUGGCUUCCGCGUGACCUUCAUGACGGGCCUCGCCGUCUUCGCCGUCGGCUGUCUACUGUUCUGGCCCUCGGGCGUCAAGCGCUCCUUUGGCGGGUUCUGCGGUAGCAUGUUUGUUGUCGGCGCCGGCCUGGCGACGCUCGAGACGGCGGCCGAUCCUUUCUUGUUGAAUCUGGCGCAGGCUGUCCAGGGGGUCGGGUCCUUCGUCGCGCCGCUGCUGGCGUCGAGGGUGUUUUUCGCGAGUACCGUGGACAACAAUGAGGGUCUGAAGAGUGUGCAGUGGGUGUACCUGGGGGUGGCCUGCUUUGAUGUGCUGCUGAUUGUGCUCUUCGUCUUGGCGCCCAUGCCGGAGAUCACGGAUGCCGAUAUGCAUGCACAGGAGGGCGAGAUUGGGCAGUACGACCCCGGGCCGUUCCGCAAGCAGACGAAUCUGUUUCUGGCCGUGUGGUCGCAGUUUUGCUACGUUGGGGCGCAGGUGGCCGUCGCGAACUACUUCAUUAAUUUCUGCGAAGAAGCUGGGCGCGACAGAGCAACGAGCUCCGACCUCCUCGCCGUUGGCCAGGGCCUCUAUGCCUUCAACCGUUUCGUAGCCGGCGGUCUCCUGACCCUGCCCCUGUUCAAACCGCGCUACAUGCUGGCCGCCUACCUGGGACUCUGCUUUGUGUUUGUCAUUGCUGCCAUGACCACGUCCGGCUCUGCGUCCAUUGCUAUGCUGACCCUUGUCUUGUGCUUCGAGUCGUGCUGCUUCGCCACCAUCUUCACCCUCGGUCUCCGCGGGCUGGGGAGACACACCAAGAUGGGCGGGUCCCUGCUGGUGGCGGCUAUCUCAGGGGGCAUGGUCUUCCCACCCAUGACGGGGGCUGUUUUAGACGCUCGGAACGCCCAUAUUGCCAUGGCGAUUCCGAUGAUGGGAUAUAUCCUGGCAUGA